AUAUUUAAUCUAUCAGUUUUAUGAUUGUGCUUUGUUUUUUUUAUGGCUGAAUAGUUCUACUUGGUCAAGAGAGACCACAUUAGAACAAUCAGCAUAUGCAGAGGAGUGAAAGACUCCAGAUGCUUUAUAGUUAUCAUCUUUUUCUUGCAAAUAUAUGUCUGCACAAGACAUUGUGCCAGUAUCUGUUUGUUGUCUACUUUCUCUCUUGCCGAGGGCUAAUGCUGCUGCACAUCUUAGCACAAAAAGUCCAGACUGGAGACUGUGUUACACACGGCAAUAACGCCACCGAGCAAACAAACACAGAGAUAAUAUUUAAAGAUAAUUACAAGCAGACGCACACGUCUUGAUAUACCCGUUCUGUAGCACCGCCCGAGGAAGCAGCUCUCCAUAGCAGGUGAUGCCCUUAUUUGGAAGUGACCCAGAUCACGUGAUCACAAAAUGGUGGAAGCUGUGAGCUGUUUAUAAGCUGAGCAUCUCCAUCGAGAGGCUUGGAGCAGGAAAAAGGCAGUGCGUCCAUCCUCUGAGAAACAGUGGGACAGAGAUUCCCAAGCCCCAGCAGCGGUCCCUCUGGGGAUGGACCUGACCUCAGACAGUAAAAUGACUUCAGAGGGUGAUGACGGCAGACCAGUCCCCCCUACAUCUCUACCCCUUCAAGGAGGUCCCAGCCAGAGGAAAAAACUUUCUGCCCCUCAGAUCAGCUUUUCUCUGGACCACAGCGAAGAUGACUUGGGGGAGACUCCAGAUGACCUGGACAUUGACGUGGAUGAACUCGACACUCCAGAUGAGGGAGAUUACUUCGACUACACGGACCAUGAAAUGGACUGGGAAGAUCCCGGUGCAGCCACUAAAAGUGGGACAGGUGAUUCCUACAACACCAUCCCAACGUACAGUGCUGAGGAAGAGCGACGUGACGUCAAGCUGUGGAGGACCGUCGUCAUCGGGGAGCAGGAGCAACGCAUCAACAUGAAGGUUAUUGAGCCUUACAUGAAAGUCAUCUCUCAUGGAGGUUACUAUGGCAGCGGGGUGAAUGCCAUCAUAGUCUUUGCUGCGUGCUUUCUGCCAGACAGUGUCCGAGAAGACUACCAUGACAUAAUGGAGAACCUCUUCCUCUAUGUGAUCAGCACACUGGAGCUGAUGGUGGCAGAGGACUAUAUGAUUGUUUAUCUGAACGGAGCCACGCCCCACAGAAGAAUGCCUGGUCUGGGUUGGCUGAAAAAGUGUUAUCAGAUGAUUGACAGGAGGCUCAGGAAGAAUUUGAAAUCCUUCAUUAUCGUUCAUCCGUCAUGGUUCAUCAGGACUGUUCUGGCCAUCACCAAACCCUUCAUCAGCACCAAGUUCAGCAGCAAGAUCAAGUAUGUGAGCAGUUUGGAUGAACUGCGGGAACUAAUCCCAAUGGACAGCAUCCAGAUCCCAGAGUGCAUCAUUAAACUCGACAAGGACCUGAAGGAAGCGGCGGAAAACUCCAAAAUAAACAGUUUUCUGCAGGGAACUGAGCUGACAGCAGCCAGCAGACCAGACAGACAAGACCAGGCCGGUGCCAGCAGCUCGUAAACCAGAGCAUCCUGAAUUGAUGGGAUGCCUCAAAAGUAACUGCAAUGAACGGGUCAAGCUUGAAAAGUGCUGCUUGCGUGCGUGUGUGUGUGGGCGUGUGUGCGUGUGUGUCUGUGUUUUUCUUUCAGACACUGGAGUUCAACUUAAACACAACCUGCUGUAGUUCCUGGUAAAACUCUGAUCAAUUUUAACUGUAGCAUCCGCUGCACUGCACACCUUGCAGGUUAGAUAAACCCGUAGUCAAGUGUGCGAUGCUUGCAAGCGUCAGCAGAGUAGCAUCGAUGUUAACUUUGUGGUCAAAAUGGAAAUGCGAUCUGACACAACAGACGGCACGCCUCAAGAAUUCAAUUUCAGAGACUCCGUUUUAUUUAUGUGCAUGAAAAGCAGCAAAGCAAUAAUACCACGCCUUUUGUGGUUACCCUGUACUUUGGAAAUGGAAAUUUUGUGUCAGCUGUUUUACACGAAAAGGGGGCCAGAAGAUGCCAGAAAAAAGAAAAACCUUGUGCCAUAGUUUAUGACCGACUUGCAGUUGAGUCACUUAAUCUUGUAUCUUGUCCUGAAAGUGCGGAAUAAACAUAUAUAUAUAUAAACUUUAUAGUGUCAAUCUAAGAGCCAAGCAGGGGUAAGUUCAAUAUAAAAUCAAUCAAUCAUAUUGUACUGUGGACACAAAUGUGUGUGUGCGUGUAAAUGUGUGUGUUUUGGGUGAAACAAAUUCUCCAUUCAGCACUUGCUGGAUCCUCAGACAAAACCUCAAACGACCUUAACAAUGGGAUGUCAGUGAAGCACAGCGUCUCAUCAGAGUGUGUCCAUAUAUGCAUGUGUGUAUUUGUACAUCAGUGCAUGGUCCCCACAUCACAAAGCUGAUGAUCUGAACUCAUGUGUCUUAAUGAUUGUGCAAAAAAUGAAGAAAUGCUGUCUAUUGAUUCAAUAAAAGUGAUUUAUAGCCUGCAG